CCGCAAGUGAAGCAUGCUGGGACCAGCUCUCAAGCUUCCCGGCAGCCCCUGCGACGGGCGUGGUACGUCAGGAUCUGGCCAGCGGCGGCCGUUCUCCGUAAGAUGGCGGACCGGCGGCGGCAGCGCGCUUCGCAGGACACCGAGGACGAAGAAUCUGGUGCCUCCGGCUCAGACAGUGGCGGUUCCCCGGCGCGGGGCGGUGGGAGCUGCAGCGGUAGCGCUGGAGGCGGCGGCAGCGGCUCUCUGCCUUCCCAGCGCGGAGGCCGAACUGGGGCCCUUCAUCUGCGGCGGGUGGAGAGCGGGGGCGCUAAGAGCCCUGAGGAGUCGGAGUGUGAAAGUGAAGAUGGCAUCGAGGGCGAUGCUGUUCUCUCGGAUUAUGAAAGUGCAGAAGACUCAGAAGGUGAUGACGGCGAGUACAGUGAAGAGGAAAACUCCAAAGUGGAGCUGAAAUCAGAAGCCAAUGAUGCUGCUAAUUCUUCAGCAAAAGAUGAGAAGGGAGAGGAGAAACCUGACACCAAAGGUGCUGUGACUGGAGAGAGGCAGAGCGGGGAUGGACAGGAAAGCACAGAGCCUGUGGAGAACAAAGUCGGUAAAAAGGGCCCUAAGCAUUUGGAUGAUGAUGAAGAUCGGAAGAACCCAGCAUACAUACCCCGGAAAGGGCUCUUUUUUGAGCAUGAUCUUCGAGGGCAGACUCAGGAGGAAGAAGUCAGACCCAAGGGACGUCAGCGAAAGCUGUGGAAGGAUGAGGGUCGCUGGGAGCAUGACAAGUUUCGGGAAGAUGAACAGGCUCCAAAGUCCCGACAGGAGCUCAUUGCUCUUUAUGGCUAUGACAUCCGCUCAGCUCACAAUCCUGAUGAUAUCAAACCCCGAAGAAUCCGGAAACCUAGGUUUGGGAGUUCUCCGCAAAGAGAUCCAAACUGGAUUGGUGAGCGGCCAAGUAAGUCUCAUCGCCACCAGGGUCUUGGGGGCACCCUACCGCCCAGGACAUUUAUCAACAGGAAUGCUGCAGGUACUGGCCGCAUGUCAGCUCCCAGGAAUUACUCUCGAUCUGGAGGCUUCAAGGAGGGUCGUACUGGUUUUCGGCCCAUGGAAGCUGGUGGACAGCAUGCUGGCCGAUCUGGUGAGACUGUUAAACAUGAGACUAGUUACCGGUCUCGGCACUUGGAGCAGACUCCUGUAAGGGAUCCAUCUCCAGAAGCAGAUGUUCAAGUGCUUGGCAGUCCUGAGAAGGAAGAGGUAGCCCCCGAGAUACCAAAUCCUGCUCCUGAUACUGCACCACCAGCUCCUGACAGGCCUGUUGAAAAGAAAUCCUAUUCCCGGGCAAGAAGAACCAGAAUCAAAGCUGGAGAUGCAGGCAAGGUUGCAGAGGAGGCACCCCCUCCACCCGAAGGGCUGACCCCGGCACCUCCAAUCCCAGAAGCUACAUCUCCUACGCCUGCUAAGACUGGAAACUGGGAGGCUCCAGUGGAUUCUACUACAGGGGGUCUUGAACAAGAUGUGGCACAACUAAAUAUAACAGAACAGAAUUGGAGUCCAGGGCAGCCUUCCUUCCUGCAAUCACGGGAGCUUCGGGGUAUGCCCAACCACAUGCACAUAGGAGCAGGACCUCCACCUCAGUUCAACCGGAUGGAAGAAAUGGGUGUCCAGGGUGGGCGAGCCAAACGCUAUUCAUCACAACGGCAAAGACCUGUGCCGGAGCCCCCUGCCCCUCCUGUGCAUAUCAGUAUCAUGGAGGGACAUUACUAUGAUCCACUGCAGUUCCAGGGACCAAUCUAUACCCAUGGUGACAGCCCUGCCCCACUGCCUCCUCAGGGCAUGAUUGUACAGCCAGAAAUGCACCUUCCCCAUCCAGGUUUACAUCCCCACCAGACACCAGCGCCUCUGCCCAAUCCAGGCCUCUAUCCCCCACCAGUAUCCAUGUCUCCAGGGCAGCCACCACCUCAGCAGUUGCUUGCUCCUACUUACUUUUCUGCUCCAGGCGUCAUGAACUUUGGUAAUCCCAGUUACCCUUAUGCUCCAGGGGCAUUGCCUCCCCCACCACCUCCUCAUCUGUAUCCUAACACACAGGCCCCAUCGCAGGUAUAUGGAGGAGUGACCUACUAUAACCCCGCCCAGCAGCAGGUGCAGCCAAAGCCCUCCCCACCCCGGAGGACUCCCCAGCCAGUCACCAUCAAGCCCCCACCGCCUGAGGUUGUAAGCAGGGGUUCCAGCUAAUACGAAUUUCUGAAUAUUUUAAAUCUAACGUCAAAUAAAAGACAGCAGAAGUGAAAACCUAGGAGAGAAGAGAAAACAACUGGCUGUCUGCUACCAGGAGAGCUUUGAAGAUCCAAGGUGGCUCCUACCAGCAAGCAGCUAAAUGAAGAGGACCCCUGCCUUCCUCUGAGGAUAGGCUGUGUUGGAUAAAGGGAGAAACAAGUGGACUUCCUCCCAUUUUCAGUUUGUGUUUGUGUCAGCUGUGCUCAGAGGAGCAGAGAUCCAGACAGCCCAGGCUUCUGAGUCUAGGAGCCCACGUCUUUUGCUCUUCUUUGCUUUCUCCUGGGAAAUUCGUGUCUUCUCCUCCCAGGGAAGCUUGGAAGCUCCUUCCUGUUUGUUUUGUUUUCUACGAUGUUCAUUUUUAAAGCCUGGCUUGUUAUUCUUAAAUUAAUAUUCUUUUAGUCCAUCACCCCACCCCCAUCUCCUCACUAUAUUUU